AUGAGCGUAGAUGCGUUGGGAAGCCCCGUGAUGGACCCUGCGUUUUCCAAACGGAGCACGGCACUGAGAUUAGUUGACUUGGCAGGGGCUCACCACCAUCACCAUCAUCAUCACCACCAUACCCCUCAGAGCGUGACAGGCUUCCCGGGGUUUGGCGGGCACGCGCACUCAAUGGCUCACGCGCACCCUGGGGAGAUCACGGCGGAACCCCGCCUGGGGCCGAGUCCAUUCGGGCCAGAACCCAUGGGGCACUCGGCGGCCCUCAAAAUCAGCCCAGCCCAUCAUUAUCCCCACCACCACCACCACCACCACCACCAUCACAAUCAUCAUAUCGCAGGCCACGGUGAAGUGGUCUCCAGUCCAACGGGAGCUUUCGGCCCGGUGCAGGCUGCAGCGACGGUCCCGUACUCCAUGUCUCACGCGGCCCAGGCUCUAUCCGCAGGUAGGGAUUUCCUUAUUCGCCGAGAUCUGACAGCUCAAGGCGCCAUGCCCGCGCUGACCGAGCAGACCUCUGGUUCCGCCUCUCACCACGGAGUGUUUGUCUCGACCACAGGUAGCUACCCGGGACACUAUGGCCACCUUCACCCUGACGCCGGAGCGCAUGCUCUCUUCCCUGGACUCCAUCAUGAGCAGCCGUCCAACGGAGCACCGGGUGGCCAAGCCUCAAACGGACAAAUAAGGCUAGGCUUACCGGGAGACAUGUACGUCAGGACCGAUCACUUGAGUCAAGUGGCGAGCAGCAGAUCGGAUCCGUUUGCAACAUCUUCGCCUCUCCACGGUCUCAAUCUGAACAUGAACCUCAGCACUCACCACCACCACCACCACCAUCACGGACACGGUGCCUUCUUCCGUUACAUGAGGCAACCGAUCAAGCAAGAGCUCAUCUGCAAGUGGCUCGAGCCAGAAAACUCGGCCAAGAAACUCUGCUCCAAAACUUACAGCACCAUGCACGAGCUGGUGACGCAUGUGACCGUGGAGCACGUCGGCGGACCCGAGCAGGCGAACCACGUCUGUUUCUGGGAAGAGUGUCCGCGAGAAGGGAAACCAUUUAAAGCCAAGUAUAAGCUCGUGAACCAUAUCAGAGUGCACACCGGAGAGAAACCGUUUCCGUGUCCGUUCCCUGGCUGUGGCAAAGUGUUUGCCCGAUCAGAAAACCUGAAAAUCCACAAGAGGACGCACACAGGCGAAAAGCCAUUCAAGUGCGAAUUUGAUGGCUGUGACCGACGCUUUGCCAACAGCAGCGACCGGAAGAAGCACUCGCACGUGCACACCAGCGACAAGCCAUACAACUGCAAAGUGCGCGGCUGUGACAAGUCCUACACACACCCAAGCUCCCUGCGCAAACACAUGAAGGUGCACUGCAAGUCACCACCUCCUCCGAGCUCAGGCUACGAGUCCUCCACUCCGUCCCUGGUGUCCCCGUCAUCCGAUUUGGGUCGAGACACUCUGUCAGGGUCGCAGGCCGCCAAUCUGAGCGAGUGGUACGUGUGUCACAGCUCGGGUCCUGGUGGCACACACACCCCUCCGAGCGGCUCGUCCACCCCGGAUCCCUCAGAGGCUCCACCGUAUCAGAACUCCUGA